AUGUCUGAAGUCGAGAAAUUCGACAAGAGCAAGUUGAAGAAAGCCGAGACUGCCGAAAAAAAUCCUCUGCCAACCAAAGAGGGAGUAGCCGUCUUCCUGUUAAUUCCCUGCUCCCUCGUAACUAUUAUGAACCACGUUAAAAUAGAUGGAAACUUCAAAGAACAGCGUACAGGCAGCCAAUGGUUCACAGGGUGGUCUUCUAUCGGAAAAAUUAUUAGAAACUCCGGUUUGUUUGUUCGUUGUCCUCCUAAAAAGACUUCCACACUUUUCAAAUCCGGUGAUGUUAAAAUAUUCUCAAAGAUACAAGAAUAA